AUGCCAGGACCCCCCGGUUACAAUUACAAUUCGUACAAACGUGCUGUCCACAACUGGGGCCAAGAGAACGGCAGAAACAUAGUUUAUGAGACCACUCCUUCUGGUCCUGCAAGCCACCAAGUUUGGUCCUGCAUGAUAUAUGUCGAUGGGAUCCCCGGUUUCACAGGAUUAGCUAGUGCUUAUUCUAAGAGUGGCGCAGAGGAGGCUGCAGCUACGCAAUUCUGGGCGCACAGAGACACAUAUGCCUAA